AUGGCCACUAGCAAACUCUUGUCUAAGGCCGGUUCAAUCCACGGCACAAGUACGGCUAUGGCAGAGUCCCCAAAUGAGUCUUCAUAUAUGAAUCAGUCAUCACAGAACGAACCCGGGCGAGGGCCGGAUUUGCGCAGCUUGGGCUCCGUCAACAUCGAAAGACAAAGCCGCAUGCCCCAAAUUAUUGACGGAGAGGAGGGUGUUUCCGAGCAAUCUGACAUAUACUUUGGCCCUACCUGUCAACUCCAUGUCUCAUCACCCUCAGAUGCGGUGAGAAGUGUGUCAAGUGCCCACCCUCCACCUCUAGGUACACAGAUUGACAUGGAUUGUGACCGACUGAAAACCCUCCUGUUCGACAACUACUGCCACUUCCAGACUCUUUCCGUGACCAUUAUCAAUCAAGAAAUCUUUCUGUCACACCAAGCGCUAGGCAUACGAUCACAACAUUACUCUAAGUUUCUGGAAAACUCCCUCCUGGCGUGUAGUGCGCGUUUGAGCACUUCUGCUGCAGUUCGCGCCCUGGGCUCGAGCUUUGCGAUGGGUGCUAAAUCAGAGGUAGUGUCAGAGUUAGAAGACCCAAACAUGGCAACACUGCAGGGAAUGCUACUCCUCAGUGACUACGAAAUGACUGAAGGACGGGAUAGAGUCGGUUGGAUGUACUGCGGUAUUGCUUGCCGGCUCAUUGUUGACCUUGGUCUGCAUCACAUGUGGGCCAAAAACAGUGACCAAGUUGUCUUGAACACGCAUGAAGAAAGUUUCCGCGCCUCAGUCGCAUUAGGCUGCUUCGUCUACGAGACCCUUUGGAGUUUAUACCUGGGACGCCCGAGCCACAUAGCAAUCUUGAGCCCGUCCAUUGCUGCGUAUGCUGGCCAUGUAUCUGACAAUCCAACUCUAGGGCCGUGGUUUGACCUCUGCGUACUAAUCGCUGAGAUUACUGCACUCCUCAACAUGCCCUCCCCUAUGCAGGCAAGCACUCCGAGUCGGCUGUCAGAACUUGAUGAAAAGUUGCGCAGGUGGUACGCGCUAUUGCCGGCAGAUAUCGCACUCGAUUACAACAACGUUUCUGGUCUUGAUGCAGUCGCAUACGGUCUGCACAUGCAGUACUUACGGGUGCAGAUGUUAUUGCAUUCCCUUCCAAUAUCAACCCACAGGAAGCGCAAACAAGGUGAAAGAACCGACCAGCCACCAGUCCUUCGCAAUUGGACUGCUGAGACUUCUCGUCAACUUGUGCAUCACAACGCAGUGAAGAUUGCCCAACUAGGUAUUACCUACAGACAGAUCUUUGGAGUGGAAAAAACUCCUUCUGUGAUGCUGGAUAAUCUAUAUGUAGCGGCGACCAUAUUAAUCUCCACUGUUCUGGGAGCCGAGCAUUCUUCUGUCGACGAGAAUGACCUUCGGUGGCUCCGGUUGUUGGAUGAAAUGAUGAAAGACUUGCAGCCUCAUUUUCACAUCGCCGCCAGAAUGAGGAGAACCCUGGCUCGUAUAGUGGAGGGCUGUCCACUGCUGGCGGAUGUCUUCACGGAUGAUGUGCAGAAAUCGCCUGCACAAUACAAUACCAAGACUGGAGGCCUGGACACUUCACAUGGCGGCGCUUGGGGUUCUCUCGAAGCUGCCGUGAACGACUUUGUCCUUGACCCCAACCUCUUUAACUUCGUCGACUUUGAGCUCGUUGGCGACAGUGGAGGGUGA